CGCGUAGGCUGCACGCUCGGGGAGGGAGGGGCGCGGCGCCGCGUCGGGAGCCGCCGCUGUCCCGGUCCUCCCGCCCGCCCGCCCUCCGGUCCCUCCUGCAGCCCGCCUGCUGGGCAGGGCCGGCGUGGCCCGGCCAUGGAGUCCUACGACAUCAUCGCCAACCAGCCCGUGGUCAUCGACAACCUGCGUAGGAAGAUUUCUGGCCUCCGAGCUCUGAUACGGGGAGAAGAUAAGGGCUGGGAUCUUUGAGUCCGCCCCUAGCUGGGUGUCUGCGUCUGGUGUGCGGGCCUUGGAGUUUUUGGGUUCGGGGGUGAUUAAAGCUGGCUUUGCAGGAGACCAGAUUCCCAAAUACUGUUUCCCAAACUACGUCGGGCGGCCCAAGCACAUGCGGGUGAUGGCCGGAGCCCUGGAGGGGGACCUCUUCAUCGGACCGAAAGCAGAGGAGCACCGGGGGCUGCUGACCAUCCGCUACCCCAUGGAGCACGGCGUGGUGCGAGACUGGAAUGACAUGGAACGCAUCUGGCAGUACGUCUACUCCAAGGACCAGCUGCAGACCUUCUCGGAGGAGCAUCCUGUGCUCCUCACGGAGGCCCCGCUCAACCCAAGUAAGAACCGGGAGAAGGCGGCAGAGGUGUUCUUUGAGACCUUCAACGUGCCGGCCCUGUUCAUCUCCAUGCAGGCUGUGCUCAGUCUGUACGCAACAGGACGCACGACAGGAGUGGUUCUAGACUCGGGGGACGGGGUCACUCAUGCCGUGCCCAUCUAUGAGGGCUUUGCCAUGCCUCACUCCAUCAUGCGGGUGGACAUCGCCGGCCGCGACGUCUCCCGCUACCUCCGACUCCUGCUGCGCAAGGAAGGGGUUGACUUCCAUACCUCGGCUGAGUUUGAGGUUGUCCGGACGAUCAAAGAGCGAGCCUGCUACCUGUCCAUCAACCCACAGAAGGAUGAGGCUCUGGAGACGGAGAAAGUGCAGUACACGUUGCCAGACGGCAGCACGCUCGAUGUGGGGCCUGCCCGAUUCCGGGCCCCCGAGCUGCUGUUCCAGCCGGACCUCAUAGGGGACGAGAGCGAGGGGCUCCAUGAGGUGCUGGCCUUCGCCAUACACAAGUCCGACAUGGACCUGCGCCGGACGCUGUUCGCCAACAUCGUGCUCUCGGGCGGCUCGACGCUCUUCAAAGGCUUCGGAGACCGAUUACUCAGUGAAGUGAAGAAGCUUGCUCCAAAGGAUGUCAAAAUCAAGAUCUCAGCCCCGCAGGAACGACUGUACUCCACGUGGAUUGGUGGCUCCAUCCUGGCUUCGCUGGACACUUUUAAGAAGAUGUGGGUGUCCAAAAAGGAGUAUGAAGAGGAUGGCUCCCGUGCUAUUCAUCGCAAAACCUUCUAGUGCCCAAGAAGGGCGGGGCACCUUGGGAGAGGGGGAGGGAGGGCAGCCAGAGCCUUUAACCCUUUUUGGUCUGGGCUCGCAUACUUGGCUUAGGGUCCCCUGCAUGCCCUGAACCCCUGGGUAGGCGGCACAACAGUGCCCCCCUGCAGCCUUCCCCUCUACACGCACACGACACACACAUAGGAGUAACAUUGAGCUGCAUGGACAGGAGCCUUGAGCUGGCGCGUGGGAAUUGAGCGCCAUGUCGGGCUGUUCUGGGUAUCCCCCUGGCAGGGCCAGUUAGGCCUGUGGUUCUCUGCUCUGACUCUCAGGGCCACUUCCCCGAGCUCCAGGGCCAGAAUGCCUGGAUGCCUGUGUAGGCAGUUUGGGGACUGGGCUGAAGGGGCGUCCAGCAGCUCCCGCUGGUGUGUCAGCACGUCCAUUGCCACCUCCUGUUCGUGACCCGACAGGGUGGCACAGCCCCUUCCACACUCUGUCGUCUUCCUGGGUAGAUGCCCUGGUGGAGGGCUCAGUACUGAAUGGUCUUCCAUCCCCAGCAAGGGGGUGCAGCCCAGGGUCAGGCCCUUCAGAGCCAGGGCAGAGGUUGCAAGGUGGCUGGAGCUGCUGCACUCUCCCCUCAGAGCGCUUCAUCGACUUGCUCCUCCCUCUACCCGUGGCACCCUGGGCGGGAAAGGGUUGAGGCUCAUCAUUUAUUGAAGGGAAGCCACUUAAUAAGGAGUCAGACCUAAAAGGGGGUGGGGGACAUUUUCUUACCUCACCCAAGAAAGAGGUCAUCACUUUUGCUGUGGCCAGGGCCCACCUCCCUCUGUCAGAUAUGUACAAUAAUUUAACACAGUUGCCUGAAAAAAAACUUUUGUAAAUCAUUGUAGUAAUAAUUAUGGACAA